AUGAGGCUUGCAUUGGCUGCCAGGAGUAUUAGCUGGCAGGAGCGCCAGGCCUUGAGCAAAGCACGGACCCAACCGGCCUGCCCGUGCCCCGAAUUUCGCGACAAGCUUCAGCUUCAGACGGCUGUGGCUCAAAAAAAACGGUACCAAAAUGGAACCCUGGUAAGUGGAAACAUGGACCAAAACCUGCGUCACCCCUCCUGUUUAAUUUUGAGCCACACCCAGACUGCAGUUGGCAGACACUGUGCUGGCCUGACACUCACACCUUGUGCAUUGGAUGCCUUGCCAUGCAGCACCGCCAUCGUCGCAUCUUUCCAAUGCGCCUUCCAGGCUGCACCCGUUGGGAUGUUCAAUGAAGCACUCCUCUACAUUUGCUUGAAGAGCUUGCUUCGCAGCCAGGUAAUUUCACAAGAGGUUGGAAUUUAG